UUCUUUUAUUGAGCUGACAUGAUGGUGCCACUGUGAGCGUAGGAGGUGAGAGUAAACUGGCGACCUUUUGGCAACGUCCUCGACCGGUGACGCAAUCAUUACCCACAUCAGCAAAGAGAAUCCGAGAAUCCGAGAAUCCUUCACCUCUGAGAUCCUUGCAAGCCAAAAAAAAAAAAAAAAAAAACGCUCAGUGGCUUAUACUCCAUCUGUUUUGCCACUUGUAGUAUUAUAGUAUAGAGAGGGACCAAGAGACGGAGACAACCAAAGAUUGACAGGUAUUGUAUAAAGGGCAAUUACUUAUGGUAAGCAGUCAAGCGUCGUGAUAAUGGAGUGUGCUAUAAUGGGUAAGUUUUGUCCUUUAACCUUGUCAAGUCCAAGGAGUUUGGUGGUGGAAAAAAGGAAGGUAUUGGGUAUCCUCAACAAGUUCAAGUUUUGCUCUUCCAAAUUUAAGAUUCAAGCUCUUGAGGCUGAGACUCAUCUCUCAUCAGAGGUAGGGGCUGAAAGACUGGGAAGUUCAACUGAUGUUGGUAUUGGAGAACUUGUCUGGCCUUCUCCUAGUGAUGAAAUCCCUUUUUGGAAAAAGGAUUUCCCUUCUUGGGGUGUGAGCCCAGAAGUUCCUGCUGACAUAAACAAGGAUUCUGAUCGCAUGCACAUAAUUCAUGUUACAGCUGAAAUGGCACCCAUAGCGAAAGUUGGUGGCCUCGGUGAUGUUGUAACUGGACUUGCUCGUGCAUGUUUGUCACGUGGUCAUACAGUGGAGAUAAUGCUCCCUUUCUAUGAAUGUAUUCAGAAGCAGCAGAUCAAUGACUUGGCAUUAAUCACUACAUAUGAAUCUUAUCAUGACGGCAACUGGGUUCCAACUAAUGCAUAUCGUGGGGAAGUUUCUGGCAUCCCAGUAGUAUUUAUUGAACCGUCCAACCAUUUCUUUAAGGGGCAAUGUGUCUAUGGGGGUUCAUACAAUGAGCUGGAGGCAUAUUUGUUCUUUAGUCGUGCUUGCCUUGAAUGGAUGCAGCAGCUGACUGCAACACAACCCGAUAUCAUUCAUGUCCAUGAAUGGCAGGCAGGAGCUUUACCACUGCUUUACUGGGAUAUGUACCAUUAUCUCUCACUUAAGAAGCCAAGAAUAGUAUUGACAAUCCACAAUAUGGAGCAUUAUGGGGAGUGUAGCCAAGAGCAGCUCAGUAAGAGUGGUCUUGAUGGAUCUAUAUAUGCAACCAUAGACAAGGCAAUUGAUGAUCGAACUAUUGGCCACAAUCCUGAGAGAUUGAGCUUAUUGAAAGGUGGAAUUGUGUAUAGCAAUGCAGUAGUCACAGUCUCUCCAACAUAUCUCAAGGAAACCCUAUGCACUGGAUGGCUUGCAAGCACGUUAUUAAGGAAUCGGGAUAAAUACUUUGGUGUUUUGAAUGGGAUAGACACUGCAAUGUGGAACCCUGCUACUGACAUCUUCUUGCCUGCUAAGUUCAAUGCUCAAAAGCCUGAGGGCAAGAAGUUAUGCAAAUACUAUGUUCAAAGGGGGCUUGGUUUGGCUUCAGAAGGCACUCUAGAUGGUAACCAUUUGCCAGAUAUAACAUGCAAGGUGCCUUUAGUUGUAUGUAUUACUCGAUUGGUCCCACAAAAGGGUCUUCAUUUGAUUUCUCAUGCAAUCAAGCGUGUUGAGGAACUAGGUGGACAGAUGGUCAUACUGGGGAAAGCUUCAGAUGUUCGGGUUGAAAGAGAAUUUGAAGGGCUUGCAAAAUUGCAUAAUCAAGGUCCUUCCAUCCGGAUCCUAUUGAUGUUUAGUGAAGAGUUGUCCCACAUGCUCUAUGCGGCAGCAGACAUGGUGUUAGUUCCUUCCAUGUAUGAGCCUUGUGGACUUUCCCAAAUGAUUGGAAUGCGUUAUGGAGCAGUCCCAGUAGUAAGAAUGACUGGUGGUCUUGCAGACACAGUUUUUGACAUGGAUGAUCAGUCAAACCAUGACAGAGCUAAUGGGUUUGUUUUUGAAGGAAUUGAUGAAGGAUCCUUAAAUUGGGCUCUAGACCGUGCAUUUGCUUACUACAGCGAGAGUAGGUGCAAUCUAGUUAGACUGUGUAUCAUCUUUAAUUGUUGCUGAUGAUCUUUUAUAACCGCCUAAUGCUUAGACUGCUUUAGUCUUCUAUGAGGAGGAAUGCUAAUAUUGCUAGGUUUUGAGAGCAGAUAACCUAAUUAAAUGGGUCUUGUCAUGGCUAGACUAAAGUAACUGGAGUAUUAGGUUACGUUUGGUAUGUAGAAUGUCUAUUCUAUUAAAAAACAUUAAUAGCUUUUAUUAGGAAUGGAGGAAAAUGGAAUAGAAUAGCAUUGGUGUAGAAUAUAUAUGAGAAGGAUGUAGCCCUUGAAAUAGUCAUUCCCUCAUGGGCAAAAAGAAAAGGUAUUUCAAUGCUAUUUUAUUCUACAUUCUUCUAUUUUCAAUAAAAAUUAUUUAUUUUUCUAAUGGAAUGGACGUUCCGCAUACCCAAACGUAACUUUAGUAUUUUUAGUCUUCUUCAAGUUUUUUAUUCUUGAGGUUUCCAAGUGGUCAGUAAGGUGCUUACAAAAAAAGGAAAAAGUAGUCACCAAGGUACCUGGAGAUCCUCAAAUUUAUCACCAAUCACAUUCCCUCAAGAAAAUUCAUCCACCUCCAGUAGUUGAAAUCGCCUUGUGUAAAAUAUUUUGAAUUAUGAAAUCAAAGGGGUGGGAAAUGAUGGUCAUGGAAUACAUUGGAAUCAAUCUUUGCGUGAGAUUACUCCAUUUUUUUUUUUUGGUCACAAAAUUGUCAUUUAUUUUGAUGAAUGCAGAAGCAGAUGAAUGGAAUGGCAUUAUAGGGAAGGUUAUGGAAGUGGACAAUAGCUGGAACAACACGGCUGGGAAAUAUGUUGACGUUUACAACUCAGUAAGAGUGAGAUUGUGAUGCUACUCAGGAGAGGAUAGGCUUCCAUAUGGAGUAAUGUUCUUAAUCUGGGAAUGCUUGGGGACUUGGAAGAGUAGGAAGCAAGCACUGCGUACACUCCAACAAAAAUCACGAAGAAUGAUUUUUGAAAUUUUUUUCUUCUUGUAUAUUGCUCUGCUUUAGAACAAAACCAACACUCCUACGGACAGAAAUCGGCAUCACAAAAAGAACAAUCAAGACAAUAAAAUGUCCUACUACUUCUAACAAA